CCCCUCCGACUGCCCAAGGUCGCCCUGGCAGCGUCGGCCGCUCAGCUGCAGGCCCUCGCCACGGAGAACAGGCUCGUGGGGCUCGGGGUCCACUCUGGCCUCCAGAGGCUGGGCCACCCUAUUGGCGCGCAUCCAGGCGCCGCCGCGUCCCCGCGGUGUUUACCGGUUGCCCGAGGAGACGCCCGCGCCACCCGCCGGCUCCCUGCACUGCCACCUCGCUCAUGGCCGGGUCCGGGUCCGAGCGCGCCCCAGGGCUCCUGCCAGCAUGAGCCGCGGCCGCUCCUCCGGCUCCAGGAGGCUGGACUCCACCAGCCACACCGCGCUGGGUGCCGCUUCGCCCGCGCCCGAGGAAACUUACAAUCACCUUUCGGAAGUCCCGGUCACACGGGAGCAGUUAAACCACUAUCGGAAUGUGGCUCAAAAUGCUCGAAGUGAACUUGCAGCAACUUUGGUCAAAUUUGAAUGUGCUCAGUCUGAGCUUCAAGACCUCCGAUCCAAGAUGCUUUCUAAAGAAGUCUCCUAUCAAGAGUUGAGAGCUGAGAUAGAGAGCUACAAAGAAAACAAUGCCAGAAAAUCAUCUCUCCUUACUUCUUUGAGAGACAGAGUUCAGGAGCUAGAAGAAGAAUCAGCAGCACUUUCCACUUCUAAAAUCAGAACUGAAAUCACAGCUCACACCGCAAUCAAGGAGAAUCAGGAAUUAAAGAAGAAAGUUGUGGAGUUAGAUGAAAAAUUACAAAAGUGUUCAAAAGAAAAUGAGGAGAAUAAGAAAGAGGUUUCCAAGAACUGCAGGAAACAUGAGGAAUUUCUGACUCAACUUCGUGACUGCUUGGAUCCAGACGAGAGGAAUGAUCAGGCAUCAGAUGAAGAUUUAAUUUUAAAGCUUAGAGAGCUGUGCAAGGAAAAUGAAUUCAUGAAAGGACAAAUUGUGAUUCUUGAAGAGACUAUAAAUGUCCAUGAGAUGGAGGCAAAAGCUAGCAGAGAAACAAUCAUGAGGCUGGCUUCAGAAGUCAACAGAGAGCAGAAAAAAACUGCCUCCUGUAUUGAAGAGAAAGACAAGCUGAAUCAGGACCUGGUCAGUGCUAUAGAAGCAAAAGAAGCCCUUGAGAGGGAAAUUAAGCUCUUCCAAGAAAGGCUGCUUGUUGGCCAGCGGGUCUGGGAUGCCUCAAAGGAGGAGCUGAGGCUCCUGAAGAAAAGCUCUUCUGAGUUGGAGAAGAGUUUGAAGGCCAGUCUGGAUGCAGUCACAGCCUCACAAAGCCAGAACUCCUCAUUUAGGGAGAAAAUCGCAGCCCUCCUUAGGGGCAGAUUGAGCACAACUGGGUCCACUGAGGACACCAUUUUGGAGAAGAUUCGAGAAAUGGGCAGCCAGGAAGAAAGCAGGGACAGGAUGGUCUCCCAGCUUGAAGCUCAAAUAUCUGAGCUUGUUGAACAGUUGGGAAAGGAGUCUGGGUUUCACCAGAAAGCUCUCCAGAGGGCGCAGAAAGCAGAAACUAAGUUGGAGACUCUUCAGGGUCAGCUGACACACCUGGAGGCAGAGCUCGUUUCUGGAGAUGUUUUGCGAGACAACUUGAAUUUUGAGAAACAAAAAUAUCUUAAAUUUCUGGAUCAGCUUUUGGAGAAAAUGAAGUUGGACCAGAUGGCUGCUGAACUUGGCUUUGACAUGCGGCUGGAUGUGGUUUUAGCUCGAACAGAGCAGCUGAUUCGUCUUGAGAGCAAUGCAGUGAUCGAGAACAAGACCAUUGCCCACAAUUUGCAGAGAAAGCUAAAGACACAGAAAGAAAGACUGGAGAGCAAAGAACUACACAUGAGCCUCCUCCGGCAGAAAAUCGCCCAGCUGGAGGAGGAGCGGCAGGCACGCACGGCCUUGGUGGUUGAGAGAGACAGCGCGCAUGUCACCAUCAGGAACUUGCAGAAGAAGGUGGAGAGGAUGCAGACGGAGCUGAGCACGUGUCGAGACUUGAACACCGAGCUCAAAACCAAACUGGCCGACACCAAUGAACUGAAGAUUAAAACUUUGGAACAGACUAAAGCCAUUGAAGAUCUAAACAAAUCCAGAGAACAGCUGGAGAAGAUGAAGGAGAAAGCUGAGAAAAAGCUCAUGUCUGUCAAGUCAGAACUGGAUACCACAGAACAUGAGGCUAAGGAGAAUAAAGAAAGGGCCAGAAACGUGAUAGAAGUGGUAACCAGUGAAAUGAAGACACUGAAAAAAUCUCUGGAAGAGGCAGAAAAGAGAGAAAAGCAGCUAGCAGACUUCAGGGAGGUGGUGUCCCAGAUGCUAGGCUUGAACGUGACCAGCCUUGCUCUUCCUGACUAUGAAAUCAUCAAGUGUCUUGAAAGACUGAUUCAUUCACAUCGGCAUCGGUUUGUUACCUGUGCCUACCUCAAAGACGUGACUACCAGGCAAGAUAGGCAGCCACAAGGCCAUUUACAGCUUCUUCAUUGAACACUGUAUCUCUUGAGAGAAAUGGCCAAAAGACAUGGGACACAAUUCCCAAAUUCACAAAUUCGUCAUGUCUCUGAGAUUUGAUUAGUUUGUGAAUAUUGUAUGCUUUGAUGAUAUAGUGAUAAUGCAUCACUCACAAAAAGAAUCUCAAAGGUGUUAGCCUUAGAUAAACGUUCUGCAUGAAAAACACCUAUUAUUUCAUUUACCGGCAUUUUAGGACCCAGAAGAAUUCCACCAGAUUACAUGAGUUAGAUUGGGAAAUGAGAGUAGGGAAUUAACAUUGUGGGGUAUCUAUUUUAAGUCAGGGGCUUUACUAGCCAAUUUUGUUCUCAUAAUAACCAUGUAGAAAAGCUGUGACAAGUAUUUUAUUUUCCAACCUUUCUGGAGCUCAGACAUGGAGUUACCUAUCCAAGGUUGUAGUUGGGUACUGGUGAAACCAGGAUGGACAACUCAUUGGUCCUGCCUCAAACGCCGUUACUUUUCUGCUGCACAGACUCGGUUUCUCCUGAAUCUCUAGGAUGCUGGUAGGAAUUGUUUGCACAUUGAAAGGAAAAUACCCCUGUCAUCAAGAGUUAAUGUCUGGUCUGGGCUGGGCAUGUUGGGUUAUGCCUGCAAUCCCAGCAAUUUGGGAGGCUGAGACAGGCAUAUCAUUUGAGGUCAGGAGUUUGAGACCAGCCUGGCCAACAUGGUGAGACCCCAUCUCUACUAAAAGUACAAUAAUUAGCUGGGCAUGGUGGCGUGCACCUGUAAUCCCAGCUACUUGGGAGGCUGAGGCAGGAGAAUUGCUUGAACCUGGGAGGUGGAGGUUGCAGGGAGCCAAGAUUGUGCCACUGCAUUCCAGCCUGGGUGACAGAUUAAGACUACGUCUCAAAAAAAAAAAAAAGUUAACGUCCAAAAGUGGCAGAUUUAUAAGUGUAAGCUAUAUGAUUUCUUCAAAAAGCAAUCCACUUAAUUCAUUUGGAUAAAAUAUGCAUAGGUCUCAGGUCCCGCAAGAAACUUGCCUGUUGCAAAUGUUGCUACGAGAUUACAGCUGGUGGUAAUUAUUAAUGUUUUAGCAAGGCUGAUCUCAGUCCUUUAAAAUGGAAAGCUUUAACAUGAGCCCAACCCUAUAAGAUGAAGAAAUCCUAUACAGUCAUUCACCAAUACAUCCAAUGCACCCAGAGCAAUGGUACCUUUUCAAGAUCAGGAUUUUAUUAUGAAUUCAUGUCACUUCUGUUUUCAAUUUAAAUUUCUAUUUUAAAAAUAUUUUUCAGGGAAUCCUAUUUCUAACUUCACUGGGAAAAAUGUGGUACUCUUUUGGACAAUUUAUCUUAUUUCUAAUAUAAGAUAUAUUUUAUUGUCCUUAAAAGAAGCUCUAGCAUGAAAUUAAAGGAAAGGGAAAAAAUAGAUCUGGUGCACCCAAACAUUAGGAGAAAAUGAAAAAUACACAACCAACCGUUUACGAGUCAUCAAAAAGUCAAAGUCAGCCUGCCUAACUAAUGUGGCAAAAUCCUGUCUGUACAAAAAAUACAAAAACAAGCCCAGUGUGAUGGCACACACCUGUAAUCCCAGCUACUCGGGAGGCUGAGACACGAGAAUUGCUUGAACCCAGGAGAGGGAGGCUGCAGUGAACUAAGAUCAUGCCACUGCACUCCAGCCUGUGCAACAGAUCGAGACACUGUCUCAAAGAAAAAAAAAAGUCAAAAUCAUAAACAAAUUAUUGGCUUCUUUCUUCCAGACUAAAAGAAAUUAAAUAGAUGAAACAAUCAAUUGCAAGGGUCAAAAAUAGAUUGGAUCUUGAUUCUUGCAAUACUUGUGAAAAUUUGAAUGAGGACUAAGUACUAGAUUAUAUUAAAGUAUUUUAAAUUUUUUAAUCUCCACAAACGCACUGAUUGUUAUACUUUAAAUAAGUAAAAAGCCAAGAAUCCACAGUGCUGCAGAAAAUAAGUGAUAAAAUGGGAAAAAACAAAUGGGAAAAAACAGUGAAGAUCUUCUUUUAGGAAAACUAUCAAUAAACCCAGAAUGAAUGAUGCGCACACACACAAAAAAAAGGAGUAAAGGAAAUACCUAAGAUAAACCAAAUGAGUUUGACACCUACUGAUUGGAUGACAGACCACACAGAGGUAGAGUGACCCAGCUUUGCUUGCAGGGUGGGCAUCCCUGCCUGGCUUUCUUCUUUCUGUGCAAGGGCAGUAUGAGUAGCAUUUUGCAUAUGUAUGAACACACCUGCGCAGCCCUGGUUGAGGUCGCUAGGCUGGCCAGGGGCAGGAGAGAGAGUCUUGAAUUUUCUCCAGAGGAGGCCUGCAGCUUCCCCCACCAACCCUUUUUCACAUGCUCUAAAGAUGUAGUAAUGGCUGCUGUUUUGGAUCCAAAAUCCCCUUGAGUGGAGGAAGUGACUUCACUGGGUUUCUGGAGGCUCUUGGAAUCUGGGUGGCUCUGCUCCGCCCUGAAUCAUGCACCCAUAAAUGUGCUCAUGGGUGGGUGUGGGUGUAUGAGAGUAGAGGCUGUUUUUUGUACAUUUUCUUUGUUUUCUUGUUCUAAAUAUAAUCUUUAAUAAACUUGAUUUAGUUUCUUGGGAAAUUCAUUUUCUACACCAUUCAAAGAUAUUUUAAAUAUUUUAAAAACAUUAAAUAUAUAUUUUUAUUAUUGAUUUUGUAUCAUUAAUUAUGUAUCAGGAUUCAUGUAAGAGACUAAAAAUAAUCCAUAGUGGUUAGUACUGUACUUUCUGUUUAUUAAAUGAAAUUAUAUUCCAUUUAUCCAAAUAUAUGUUUAUAUAAUAUUUCCACUGUGUGACUCGUGUAUAUACAACGAUCUUUAACAUACACAGAAAUAUGAAAAAUGUUUGAAUAUGAUCUUUAGGGGCUUCUAGUGAAAAGGGCAUAUGAUAUGGGAAAAAUAAAUUCUGUACAUGUAUACAUUCCAUAUACACAUUAAGUGUUUGUCACUUGGACAAAUUGAAAAAUCUUUUAAUAAAGCCAUUUUCUUCCUUGUUAAAAUGUCAA